GCGGGGCAGACGAGCCGGGAGGGAGAUUGCUGUUGGGUAUUUUCUACUCGGGAUUUUGUCUUUCCUUUUGCACCACGCAAGUUCUUAUUUAAAGAUCGAAACUUUUUGCCCUUCCCUUUUUUAGGAAAAAAAAAAAAGAUUGCACGGCUGCAUAAGAAGGGACAGUCACAGGCGCUCAAUUUAUGGCCGGCUGUUACACAGCCUACCCCAAGCAAGGGGAAAAGCGAGCUUGAUGAAAUGUGGAGAAAAUAAGGAAUUGCUCCUCCUCUCAGAGCUUCGUUGUGACCACAAUUUUCAGCAGGCCCGGAUCCCGCGCGCGGCCUUUGGUUCUUCAGCAAGGAAAGCCCUGCCUUCUUUGACGGCUGGCUGAAAGAUCUUUUAGUUUAAGGGAUUGAGGUUUAAGGGAUUGAAAGCACCUUUUAAUUACUCUCCUUUCGAAAGAAAACCCCAGACCAUUAAAAAGGAAAAUGAGGAAGAUUCUGACGUGCUGGACAUGCUUGCCUUUCAUCCUUUGCACUAUCUCAACUAAUUGUGGAUCAACUCAGAAUAUCUGUAAAAUCACAAAUAAAAUAGCAGACUGUAGUCAUUUAAAGCUUUCUCAAAUUCCCUCCAAUCUCCCAGCUGAUAUAACAGUGUUGGAUAUUUCACAUAACCAGCUGAGAAUGCUGCCGCCUAAAAACCUUACAAAGUACAAUCAGCUUGUUUAUUUAAAUGUGGGAUUCAAUUCCAUCUCUAGAGUAAGGAUACACUUGUGCCUCAGUUUACCUUUGUUAGAGGUAUUAAGGCUGGAGCACAAUCAGUUGCGUACAUUAUAUGGAGAAGUUUUUACUUCCUGUACCAAUCUGAGAGAGCUUAAUGUGGGAUUCAACUUUCUGAAUACAAAAAAUGAUCCUUUCAAAAAUCUGAAGAAUUUGGCAUUCCUGGAUGUCUCUCAUAAUCACCUAAGUUCUACAAAAUUAGGAUCUCAGCAGCAAUUAGAGAAUCUACAAGAGCUUGUGAUGUCUGAAAACCAAAUUACAGAAUUAAAUAAAGAAGAUCUAUACUUUCUUGGUAACUCUUCAUUAAAAAGAUUGGACCUUUCAUCAAACCCCAUAAAAGAGUUUCAACCAGGCUGCUUUCAAGCUAUUGAAAACAUAUAUGGCCUUGAUCUGAACAACAUUCCAUUGGGACCUGAUGGCACAGAGAAACUUUGCUUGGAAUUAUCUGGCACAAAAAUACAGAACCUUUCAAUGAGCAAUGUGCAACUUUCGCGGAUUUCCAAUUUGACCUUUAGUGGAAUGAGUAAAACAAACCUUACCAUUUUAAACCUAUCAAAUAAUUAUUUGUCUGUAAUUGAAAAUGGCUCAUUUAUAUAUUUUUCAAAUUUAAAAAAACUAAAUCUAAUGAAUAACAAUAUUACAAAACUGUUUUCUCAUUCUCUUUAUGGGCUUCACAAUCUGAUCUAUUUGAACUUGGAAAAUUCACAUGUCAGAAUAAUUGAUUUGGCUUUCCAGUGGCUAACUCACUUGAAUUACCUUAUUAUGGAUGGUAAUAGAUUUCUGGGGAUUACUCCUCAUACGUUUAAAGGUUUAGAAAAUUUGAAAAACCUGAGUUUAUGUCAGUGCAAUAUAAAUUCAAUAACGAAUACGACAUUUGCUUCACUUGCAAAUUCUUCCCUGCAGUUUCUCAAUCUAACAAAAGCUGGAAUCAUUUCCAUCAAGCCCAAAGCAUUUUCUUGGCUAAGGCAACUAAAAAUGCUUGAUUUAGGUUUAAAUAAUAUUAAGCAGAACCUUACAGGUCAGGAAUUUCAAGGUCUUAGUAAUAUUGAGACACUCUAUCUUUCAUAUAACUAUCAGUUGAAUUUGACAAGUGAAUCAUUCAGUCUUAUUCCAAGCCUUCGAAAGCUGAGAAUGAGAAAGGUACGUUGCAGUAAUCUUGCAAUCACCCCCUCACCAUUUCGUAAAUUAAAGAAUUUGACAAUCCUGGAUAUGGGUAACAACAAUGUUGCUAACAUAAAGGAUGAUAUAUUUGAUGGACUGCAUCAGCUUGAAAUUCUUGACCUGCAGCACAAUAAUCUGGCUCGACUUUGGAAACAUACAAACCCAGAUGGCCCUGUACUCUUUCUCAAAGAUCUUCACAACCUCCGUUUACUGGAUUUAGAAUCAAAUGGCUUUGAUGAGAUUCCACACAAGGCUUUCUAUGGCUUAUCUUUAUUGAAAAGCUUGAAUUUAAAUUCCAAUCUCUUAAAUCUACUUCCCAAGCCUGUUUUUGAUGAUCUGACAUCUCUGAGUUUUCUCUUCCUCCAGAAGAAUAUGAUCACAGCUAUUGAUGAAAAAGUGUUUGGGGCUGUUUUCAAACAUCUAAAAGUAUUAAAUAUGGCUUCAAAUCCUUUUGACUGUACUUGUGACAGUAUAGCUUGGUUUGUUAAUUGGCUCAAUAGCAACAAGACAUAUAUCUCAAAUUUAAACAAUUACCAAUGCAACACACCACCCAAAUAUCAUUCUAAUUCAGUAGCACAGUUUGAUACUUCUAUAUGUGAUAAUGCCCCCUUUAUGCUGGUAUACAUUUUUUGCACUACUACUGUAUCAUUGCUCAUCUUUAUAGCUCUGCUUGUUCACUUUGAAGGAUGGAGAAUUAAAUUUAUGUAUACUGUGGCUGUAAACAGAGUAUUGGGCAUCAAAGAAAUAGAUAGACAACAACAGCAAUUUGAAUAUGAUGCCUACAUUAUUCAUGCCAAGAAGGACAUGAACUGGGUAUCUAAGAACUUUAUUACCCUUGAAAAUCGUCAACCAGCCAUUCGAUUCUGUUUAGAGGAAAGAGAUUUUGAAGCUGGAAUAUCUGAAUUUGAAGCCGUCAUCAAUAGCAUAGAGAGAAGUAGAAAGAUCAUAUUUAUUGUAACUAAACAUCUCUUAAAAGAUCCCUGGUGUAAAAGGUUCAAAGUUUAUCAUGCGAUACAACAAGCCAUUGAAAAAAGUCGUGAUUCUAUUAUACUAAUUUUUCGACAUGAUAUUCCUGAUUACAAGUUAAAGAAUGCACUUUGUUUACGAAGAGCAAUGUUCAAAUCUCAUUGUAUCUUGGAGUGGCCUGUGCAGAAAGAACGUCUAAAUGCCUUUUACCAGCAACUGAAAUCAGCCCUUCAGUCCAAUAGUAGGAUAAUAUAAUUUGUUAUAAGAAGAAUAUUGCAUGUGUUUCUAACACUUAGUGGUUAAAAUGCCAAACUAAAAAUAUGAUACUGAAAAUAGAAGUAAAUGUAAAACCAUUCUUCCAGGAUUUUUUCUUCUAUCCAAAAUAGGAGAGUGUAGUAUCCAAACAUACAAAAUGAGUGAGUAACUUUUGGAAACAUCAAAUGUUUGCUGCAAAAGGCAGUGAAAGUAUUUGGAGGCGAGACCAAAAAAUAGGGUAUGUACUAUAUAAAAAUGUAGUUGAUUUUAAAUCCCAAACUAAUCUCCUUCUCUUCCAUGUGGUUCAUGUUGAAGUUUGUCCACCAUUCUUUCCAGCAAUUUCCUUUCACUGCUUACUCACAGCUGCCCCACUCCUCUCUCUUCACUGUAUGCCAACCUUUGUCUUAGCCACAUAAUCUCACCUGGGCAUCCUGCCUAGUGGACCUUCCUUUUCCUAUUCUCUAGCACAGUGGGAGGCUGCCAUCUUGCCUUUUUCUGACUGCUCAAAACUAGCUGGUCUAUACACAGAACAGUUCAUGCAUUGAACAAUUUGCACACUCCCAAUAUUUCAGUCUCUCUCCAGUUUCUUACUCAGAAAUAGGAGCUGCAAGUAAGUUAAGCUUUUGUCCUUGCUGCAUAAUAUUACUGGAAAAAAGAAAUGUAAAGAGCAGAAUCCCAAUAUCUGUUGCACUAGAACCAAUAUAUGUUGCACUAGACCCAGCUCCCCAAACAUGACAAACCCUCUGAAGUUAACUUAAAGAUUCCUUUAUUAGGAGUGCCAGCAGCCCCGGCAAAAAGUUUCUGUCUCAAUGCAGGCUAACAACUCCGUCCAGUAGGGAGAUGAAUAGUUGUCUGCCACAUCUAUUCAUUUCCAUUCCCUGUUUUUAUCCCCAGAGCUAGGGUGUGGCUUCGCUAGCAGCAGUGGCUUUUCCUUCCCAAGGAUUGGCCCACAGAUUUCCAUUGCUCUCCUCUCUUCUGCACAUCCGUGCAUCAGGCACUGGAUCCUGCUGUUCCUCCUCUUCCUCAUUAUCCACCUCCAGACCUGGGGGCUAUUGAUUCUCCAUCUGAGGGCUGAUGGAUGGUCCAGACUCUCUCUCUCUCUCUCUCUCUGCCAACUCCAUUCCCUCCCCCCUCAGAGCUCUCAGGUUGCCUUGAUGCUGACCCUGACUCCCAUGCCUCCUCCUCUGCUGGAGCUCCUCUGCUGGAGUCCUCUGCUGGGACAUAUGCAAUGGGAUCUAAAAGGGGGUGUGGCCUGACCAUGCCUCUUAUGGAUAGAUUGCUCUCUAACAAGACAUUUGAUUCCAGUUAAUUUAUCAUUGUAUUUGAAUUUAUGUUCUCAGCAGGGGUGAAAUGCUCCUGGUUUGGACCGGAUCAACUGAUCCGGUAGCAAUGGCGAUGGGUGGUUCAGAGAACUAGUAGCAAAAAUCCCUGCCCUCCCGCCCAUGCCCCCCCAAUGCCCAGUUGCCUGCUUCCCCACUUGCUGCUGCUGCUUUUAAAAAAUGCUUUUAAAAGAUAAAAAAAAGGAUUGUGGGCCACAGCUGAUCACCCCCCCGUGCGGUGUUCUACUUACCCCAUGCCUCCUUUUGGCACACACAUGCACAUGCACCUUGCAUUUGGUGCAUGGUGCACACUGCGCAUGCACACACGUGUGCAUGUGCAGCCAGCGAAUCAAUAGUAAACCGGUUCAGAUUUCACCACUGGUUCUCAGAUAUAUUUGGUGACCCAAAUUGGUCCUUCUAAAAAUAUAGGAUUCUUUCCAUUCAUGAGAUGAACUAGGAUCCAUAACUGUUACAUACAAAAAAACCAGAUAAAAUGUUCAGAUUAUACAUCCAUAGCAAUAAGGUUGUUCUCACAUUUUGUUUCUCUUCCUCUUCUAUGAACUAAAGAUAAGACAUUAUUAUCUUCCACAUAUUAGUAGAGUGUUGAAUGUAUUUUAAUCAACAGUACAUAUGCUUACAAGAUUUAUGGCUUGAUUUAGAAAAUCUUUAGUUUCCAUUCAUGUUUGUAUAACAUUUUUAUAUAAAAGUGCAUAUAUAAAACAAAAUUGAUAUGCAUAUUUAUUUGGAUAAACUUGAUCUUUUUGGUAAUAAAAUUUAGAAAAAACAAAGAGUAAUGGUUUGAUUGAUUCAAAUUGAUUUCUUGCAUAGUGACAUUUUUCCAGACUUUCUGCUGGAGGGAGAGUUUUAAAGUGACAAUGGAACUGAUCUGUGAAACCCAAUAUCAGUCUAGGGUGCUACACUGACCUGAUGUAUUAUCAUUCUUAUUAAUCUGAAUUAGUCUAAAGAUAUUUAAUUGAGAAGCAGAUCAGCUUCUGUACACUGACUGAAGAUACUGUAUGUUUCCAUAUAAGCAAUAAUAGAAAGAGAUCCUAUCGUUUUAUGAUUAUUAAAUACGAAAAUUAUUUAUAGUCUUACAAAUAAAAUCAGCUGGCAUGAUGUGACGCAAAGUGCCAAUUUCAAGCAUCCUUAUUUAUGCACAGGAUGAAUAAUUACUAUUAGGAAAUAAUAUUCUACGGCGAACCUUUUAGGCACAGAGUUCCCAAACCGGAAGGUGCAGUUUCCUCUUAAAUUUUUUUAAAAUGUUAAAUUGUGUAACUACAGAGCAACCUGGAAUAUUAGAAAUCAUUGGCAGGAGUCAUUCUGAACAGUCUGUCUAAGAAAUGACUGGGCAUCUCCAUGGGGAGAUGCAGGGUGCAUUUUGCGAAGAAGCCAGAGGUCUCUGUGACAGCCAUUUUGUGAGAGAGCCCACAGCAGGGUCUAAAAAUCGUAACAAUGUUGUCUGAAAACAGCCACCUAUUUCAGCAAUUACUCCUAGACUCUCCCAGCAAUAUUCUAGGGUUCUUGAGAAAUUAAUCGACUCUCUCCAGGAUUGGUUUCUUUUCCCCAAUCCCUACCAUAUUCAGGUGAGGUGAGCCCUGGGAGGAGGAAGGAGUGGAGCGGGCCUAAAAACGCUGAUAAAUAAAUGCACAUAUUACUUGCACAGGAAAAUGGAAAUAACUGCUAAAGAGAAGCUGUCAGUUUGCCAACGGCAAAGCCUUCUCACAAAAGCUUUCUUUUUCGUGCAGAAAGGCGAGCAAACGGUGAAGCAGGUGGAGAUAAAUUCUACUCCGGCGUAUAGUUCCCUAAUGGCCCCAAACGGACGGCUCGUUAAAAAGAUGUGUCUGCGAGUAAGGGAGAAACAACGCUACUUCCUCGGUCCCCUUUGGCGAACUAGGCUAGCUAGUUCAGGAGGGUUAUUUGCAAGGGCUUUCUCCAUUCAAAGCAUCUGACGGAGGCGCAAACGAUGGAGAGAACGGUCCACAAGAGGUGGCAUCUCCGGGGCGGGAGGAAGAGCAACGCCACAAGGUUUCUCUCAGCCAGCCCCCGAUCUACUGUUUUCCUCAAAACCUGGAAGCUCAGCCACGCGCCCCUCGCUCCCGAUGGCGGGCGCGGGCUGCCCGGCGCCCAAUGACCUCCUCUCGCCUCGGUUUUUGUUUAGCUUAGCAACCGCCGCUCCCUCCCUCGGCAGGCGCCUGGGUAGGCAGAAAGGCAGGCCUACGUAACCCGGGUGGCAGGCUGGCUCUCUCGCGCGCGCGGUCCGUCCCCAGCCGUCUUCGGUGCAGACCCGCAGAAGGGAAGCCCAGCGCUGGCCGAAAAGAAAGCCACAAAGCCCCCUCAGGCGCGACGCUUCUCUUCUGGCCGCC